AUGCAGUUGCCGCCACCUUCUGGCUGCUGGUUGCCUGCCGGUGACUGCCCGCCAGCUAAAACGUCGCGUCUGUCGAGCGGUGUCCCGCCGAUCCAGCUGUUCCCUGGACACACACUUCUCUCCUCUUCUCCCCAAACUUGUCGCCCGACUUUGGAACACCAGCUGACGACAGCUGCACAACACCAACUCACCCUACCAAGCGCCCUUAGCAGCCCAUACAGCGACGAGCAGCUCGCGACACCUGGUAACCGCCUGUCAUUGCUGCCAACUGGUACCAGCAACCCGGACCCCAAGCGGAGUAUGAAACCAUCGCCAAUUCGCCCUGUCGCUGGCCCCGGAUCCGGUGUCCAGCGCGGUGCUGUCGGUGCUGUCGGUCAGGUUCCCGGUCAGGUCGGCCAGGUUCAGGUCGGCUCCGUUGGACUCCAGGUCGGCCCUCAACCCGGCCAAGGCCAAGUCCCAGCCUCGCGACUCACGCCGGGCCCCGGCCCAACCAAAGUGUCCAAGCCGACCACCCCGGCACGUCAACGCGCUGUCGCCAGUCCUCACUCGCUGGUCCGGAACAGCCAACUUGUCCAGCAACUGGCUGUUCACGAAGCUCAGCAAGCUCAGCUCCAGCAGCAGUUCCAACAACAACAGCAACAGCUGCAACAACACCAACAGCAGCAGCAGCAACAACAACAUCAGCAACAGCAUCAACAACAACAACAACAACAACAACAGCAAAACGUGGCUACCAACCUGAGUCCCGACCAGGACCCCAACAACGUUGGCCAUAUCCAUCCUCAACUUCAGGCCCAGCUUCAACUCCAGCAUCAGCAGGCUCAGGAGCACGACCUCCACAGCCAUCACCUGCAACAGCAUCAGCAAGACCAAACCCAGGAUCAUCUUCAGCAUCAGCAGGAGCAGCACCAACAGGAGCCUGAUAUUGACCAGGAUUCCCUCAAGCAAGACCCGUCUGCCUUCGACGACCCUACGGCCAGGAUGGGCACUGAGGAGUAUGCUGCCGCAGCUGCUGCCGCCGUCAUGGAGACUGGGCUUGGUCAGCCCGGUUCCCUGGAUGAUGGCACUGGCGAGCCGGAUGUUGACGCCGAGAUGGAGGACCAAGAUGCCAAUGCCACUGCAAACUCGGGACUCGGCGGCCAUGUUGAUCUUAGUGGUGCCAACAUGCUAGGUAACCCAGGCGGCCCUGGUGGUGUGCCUCAACCCUCUCCUCAGGACCACUCUCAACAUCAACAACACCAACAUCAGCAGCAGCAACAUCAGCACCAUCAGCAACAGCAGCAACAUCAGCAGCAGCAACAGCAUCAACAGCAACAAGCUGAUAUGCUUCAGGGUCUUGGCCAACCCCAGGCCCAUCCUCACCAACAUCAGCACCAACCCCCUGUUGCACCCAUGGGCCAACCCCAGCAGAUGCAGCCGUCCCCCCAUCAGCACUCGAUGGACCCUCAGCUGUCCAAGAGCACGGAGGAUAUGGCUCAUGAAUCCGGCUAUGGUUCGCUCAAUGUCGAGAGUGCCCUUGCCAAGAGGCUGGCUCGUGAGCCAGGUCAUCGUCUUGCCCAACAGAGGCGCCCUGAGCAGGUGCUCAACCUGGCACGUAGAAGCAAUGUUGAAGCUUUGUUCGCUCACAUUGCUGGUGAGCCGGCUCGCGUCCCUUGUAAGAAUUGCCACAAGGGCCACGGCCCAUGGACCAGCUGCGUAGUGGUGGAUGGCCAGAUGUGCGGCAGUUGUGCCAAUUGCUGGUUCAAUGCCAGUGGUGCCAGGUGCAGUUUCCACGAAACGCGCAAUCCCCAAAAUGCUCAGCAGCAGCAGCAGCAUAAUGCUGCGAUUCUGCCAAACGGGGCAAAUGGUGUUAUCAACAUACCAGCCGACCCCAAUGCUUUCCGUUUUGGUACUCCUCAUCCCCUCGGUAGUCAUGCUGCCCUUGCUGCCCCAGCUCCCGUGAGCGCUAUCGCUCCAGCAGCUCCCGCGAUGAGCAAUCCAAUGCUUCAGCACCUGUUGAAUCGGGCCCUGACCGAGGUGCGGGGCGCGGACAAGGCUACGCGGCAGCUUAUUGCCAUAGAAUGCACUGCCAAGAAACUGGCCUUGCAAGUGGUCGAGUAUGAGGAGCUUAUCAGCUCCCAAGAUCAGUCGGGUAGUGCCGGAGGACCUGGCCAGCAAGGCUUGGGUGAAGAUGCGGGUGCAUAG